AUGCUGUUCCGCUUCGGGGUGGUGCUGCCCCCGGGUGAUGGAGGGCGGCGGGAGCUGCUGGUGGUCGGGUCGCGGCCGGAGCUGGGCCAGUGGGACCCCCGCAGCGCCCGUGCCCAUGAGGCCGGCGCGGCCGAGCGCCCCACUGCCCGCGCAGAGCCCACGCUGUGGCUGGCGGAGGUGGAGCUGCCGGACGAGGACGCCGCCAGCCCCUUCUGGUACAAGUUCCUGCGGCGGGAGGGCGGCCGCCUCCUGGAAGGUAAUGGGCCCCAUCAUGAUCGAAGUUGUGUUUACAACCAGAGCAAUAUAGUAGAUGGAGUUUACUGCCUCCCAAUAGCACACUGGAUUGAAGUCUCUGGACAUACUGAUGAGAUGAAACAUACAACUGACUUCUAUUUUAAUAUUGCAGGACAUCAAGCUAUCCAUUACUCCAGGAUUCUGCCAAACAUCUGGCUGGGAAGUUGCCCUCGGCAGCUGGAGCAUGUGACCAUCAAGCUGAAGCACGAGCUGGGUGUUACGGCUGUGAUGAACUUCCAGACUGAAGGGGAUAUUGUUCAGAAUUCCUGGGGCUGCAACCGCUACCCAGAACCCAUGAGCCCUGAAAUCCUCAUGAAACUGUAUAAAGAGGAAGGUCUUGCCUAUGUCUGGCUGCCAACUGCAGACAUGAGCACUGAAGGAAGAAUACAAAUGUUGCCACAAGCUGUCUGCCUCUUGCACGGGCUGCUGGAGAAUGGACACACUGUCUAUGUUCAUUGCAAUGCUGGUGUCGGCAGGUCUACAGCUGCUGUCAGCGGGUGGCUGAAGUACGUGAUGGGAUGGAGCCUGCGGAAAGUCCAGUACUUUUUGACUUCCCGGAGACCAGCUGUCUACAUAGAUGAGGAAGCUCUGAAUCGUGCUGAAGAUGAUUUCUACCAGAAAUUUGGGCAUCUUCGUUCCUCGUACCAAAUACAAGAGUAGAAAAGCAGAAGAGAAAAAGGAAGGUGAAGAGGAACCCUUACGUUUGAACCCCAAGGACUUAGAAAUCAUGACUCAGGCACCAACUUCACCUCUUCAGAUUAUAAGCUUGUCAUAAAAGUCACGAGAAUUUUGUUUAAAAAGUGCCUUGGAGUAUUUUUUAUUUACUUUCUUUAAGCUGAUACAAUGCAUGUUUUCAAGCCUUUUGGUGCGAGACCUAGAAACUCUACAAAGCAAAACUAAGAUUUUCUUCUAGCCUCUUGCCUAUAGGAACUGAGAUUUUAGGGUAGACACUAAACAAGAUGUGAGGUGAAAUAGAGUUGACAAUAUUUCAGUGACAAGAAAGCAAAGGCAUUCUGAAAAAAAAACAGUAUAAAGGUUGACUGAAUUAAUCUUCAGGUUAGGGUGGAGCAGAUCAUCAUCAAAGCUGCUCAGCUAUUUUAGGCAGAGUGCAGAUUGUUGCAGUGUUUUGUAGUAAUUUUGUAGACAAGAGGUAUUAAUGAGAAAGACCAUAAGGAAAACGUUUUUUCAACUCAGUUUCUUAAACAAAAAGCUAGUGUCUAAUACAGUGAACUAAAAUUUACUCUCUUUGUCUUUCUAGUUAAUAUUAAAUAUUAUGAGCUACAGCUAUGCUUUUAUGAUGUUGGGAUUGUGCUGGAAUGUGACACAAAGGGAGGAAACAGCUCCACCUGCUUCAGUCUUGCUCUGUUGUGGGGAAGGACCACUAUUUAUUAUAUUAUACUGGGCUGUGAGUUCUCUGAGUUGAAGCUACAUUUUGCUUUUCUGGUCUGUGCAGUGCUGUACAAUGGGCUCCCUAGGUGUCAAGUCAAUCUAAGCACUGGGGUAAGACAGGACCUAUUGAAAUUGUGUGAUAAGCCUCUGUGCAUGAUUGAUAUCACAGCCUCUGGACUGUUGACCUGGAUUUGAAUCUUCACUAUAGCAAAAGCCUCUCCUUGUGCAAGCAGUGUGUGGAUGUUCAUGGAUGUUAGGUUUAGCUGAUUGAAGCUAAUGCUGGGCUACUUCUGGGGUAAAUAAAGUGGAUACAUUCCUCUAAAGGAGCAAAGAGGAGCUCUGAGAAGAGUUUCUCAGGAGCUUAGCCUCAGUAGGCUAAUGUUUGUUUUGUGGAUGAUCCCUAAUGUUUUCCAGUGCUGUCUGGUCACUUAGCUAAACUAAGCAGUGGCACCAACAGCUUCUAGCCCUGCUCAGGUAAAACCAAUUUGCUGUAGGUUGAGUUCAAGAGAGAAGGGAGAGAAUGUAUUUCCUAAGGAGGAGAGGAUUAAGGAUGCAAAAACAUUAAGAAACCUAAUUUCUAUAGGUUUAUUCUUCAGUGAAAUCUCAUUUUUUCCAGCCAACUUGUUCCUCUAAAGAUGCAGUCAGUGCCAGAGUAGUUUAGCUGAUAUAUAUUGAUUUUCUGAAUACUUAAUGGAGAAACUGUUAGAUAUGAACUGCUUAUGGAGAAAUUCCAAAAUAAUAUAAUACAUUUUAUUUAUCCUAUACUUCAAUCACCUUCAAAAGAAAAAAAUGUUUAUUUAAGUUAUUCUACGUUUCGUUUUGGUCAUGACUGUGUUUCUGGUUUUUUGAAAUAAUACUGCCUGUUUAGAAAAUGGAUGAGAAAGUUCUCUAUUAAAUAAAGACAUAAUGACAAUUCCAGCA